AUGUGGCGGCGGGCGGGCGGGUUGGGUGAUUGUGAGGGUGGAACAGGCGUCCAAAUGGACAGCCCGUCUGGUUGGCGAUGCGGCGAUGCUGCGCUGCAUGGGGGGACUGAAGCACCCUCCCGGCCUGCGGCACAGCAGCAGCACCCUGUCGUCGCCCCCCGACACCAACAAUGA